AUGUCGGACUACGAAGAUGAUAUGGACUUGGAUGCGCCUCCUUCCAAGGACAAGUCCAUCCUAUUCAGCUCAGACAACGCAGCUGGCAAGCAGAAGCGAAUCGCUGCGGACUUGCCAGUGGAGGCAGAGGACAACUUACCAUGGGUGGAGAAGUACCGACCAAACACCCUCGACGAUGUCUCGGGCCACCAAGAUAUCCUCGCUACAAUCAACAGAUUUAUCGAACAUAACCGACUACCACAUCUCCUCUUCUAUGGCCCGCCGGGUACCGGAAAGACUUCGACCAUCUUGGCGCUGGCGCGACAGAUAUACGGGCCCAAAAACAUGAGGCAGAUGGUCCUGGAACUCAAUGCUUCCGAUGACCGCGGCAUCGACGUGGUUCGCGAGCAGAUCAAAACUUUUGCCUCGACCAAGCAGAUCUUCAGUACCUCGACGCAACAGACUCCAGGCGGACCUAAACUCGGCCUAGGCGCCUUCAAGCUGAUCGUGCUCGACGAAGCAGACGCAAUGACCUCCGCGGCACAAAUGGCCCUUCGGAGGAUUAUGGAGAAAUACACGGCCAACACCAGAUUCUGCAUUAUUGCAAACUACACACACAAGCUGUCUCCGGCGUUGCUAUCGAGAUGUACACGGUUUCGGUUUUCGCCGCUAAAGGAAGCAGAUAUCCGUCGGCUAGUGGACAAAGUGGUUUCACAGGAGAAUGUCAAUAUCACGCCUGAAGCAGUUGAUUCAUUGGUCAAACUAUCCAGGGGCGACAUGCGUCGAGCAUUGAAUGUUCUUCAAGCCUGCCACGCCGGGUCUCGGCCACUCCCAAUGCGAGGGCAGCCACCCGUCCCGGAAUCCGAGAUAAAAUACGAGCUGAUUACGAACGACACGAUUUACAACUGUAUCGCGGCGCCACAUCCUGAAGAUAUCCGGCUAAUCAUGACGACAAUGUUGAGCACGCCAGAUCUGACGGAAUGUCUCAGGACGAUUAAUGCCCUGAAGAGUAGCCGAGGGCUCGCACUGGCUGACAUAUUGACUGCGCUGGCCGAAGAAUUGCAGAACCUCGAAGUUAGCGCCGCGACCAGAGUGACGUGGUUACAGGGGCUCGCAGAAAUUGAAUACAGAUUGGCAGGAGGCGGAAGUGAGGGUGUGCAGACUGGUGGUAUGAUUGGCGUUGUGAGGACAGGAUGCGAGUUGAUGGGAGAGAAAGGGGUUGGUGAGAAGAUGAGUGUGGACGGGUGA